AAAUAAAGAGUAAUAAUAAUAUAAUGGUUAAGUAUCAUCCUAAAUUCUGGACAGAUGGAAUCUAUCAAUGUUGCCGGCAGACUGAAAAACUGGCACCUGGCUGUGAAAAGUAUAAUCUCUUUGAAAAUGGAGUUAAAGCUGUACCUUCAUCAAGGACAGAUAAACAUAAGUUUCAGAGAAGGCCUCCACCUCCUGUUCCUCCAGAAGAAGAAGAGGAAGAAGAAGAAGAAGAAGAAGUGGUAGUAGCCAUGUACGAUUUUGAACCCACGGAACUUCAUGAUUUGAGAUUAGAAAGAGGUCAAGAAUAUAUCGUAAUUGAAAAAAAUGACAUCCAUUGGUGGAAAGCAAAAGAUAAAUAUGGAAGCCAAGGAUAUAUUCCAAGCAAUUAUGUAACAGGAAAGAAGUCCAACAGUCUGGAGCAAUAUGAGUAA